AACAAGGUGACACAGCUACCUGACCUGUCUGGACAUCGACAGUGGUUUGAAACAACUUUGUCUUUCCCAAUCUAGCUAAUUACAGACAGGAAAGAUGUGGCGUUUGGCGUUCCUGUGCCUGGUGUCCAGUCUGUCAGUCAGCUGGGCCAGACCCCAUCUCUCUCCCCUCUCAAACGACAUGGUCAACUACAUCAACAAGAUGAACACUACCUGGAAGGCAGGCCAUAACUUCCGUAACGUGGACUACAGCUAUGUGAAGAGGCUGUGUGGAACUCUGCUGAAAGGCCCCAAACUGCCUGUCAUGGUGCAGUAUUCUGGUAGUGUGAAAGUGCCAAAGAGUUUUGACCCCAGAGAGCAGUGGCCAAACUGCCCCACUCUGAAGGAGGUCAGGGACCAGGGAUCCUGUGGUUCCUGCUGGGCGUUUGGUGCAGCAGAGGCCAUCUCAGACCGGGUGUGUAUCCACAGCAACGCCAAGGUCAGUGUGGAGAUCUCUUCAGAGGACCUGCUCAGCUGCUGCUACAACUGUGGCAUGGGGUGCAAUGGCGGAUACCCGUCAGCUGCCUGGGAUUUCUGGACCACAGAGGGGCUGGUGUCCGGAGGGCUGUAUGACUCUCAUAUGGGGUGCAGGCCUUACUCGAUCGCCCCCUGUGAGCACCAUGUGAACGGCACCAGGCCCCCGUGCACCGGGGAAGAGGGGGACACUCCUAAGUGUUCCAAAGCAUGCGAGGCUGGGUACACACCCACCUACAAGAAGGACAAGCACUUUGGUAAGCGUGCGUACAGCGUGCCCAACGAGGAGCAGGAGAUCAUGGCAGAGCUCUUCCAGAACGGUCCAGCGGAGGCAGCAUUCACCGUCUACGAAGACUUUGUCAGCUACAAGUCUGGAGUGUACCAGCACGUGUCGGGCUCUGCUCUGGGGGGCCAUGCCAUCAAGAUCCUGGGCUGGGGAGAGGAGGAUGGGACGCCCUACUGGCUGGCUGCCAACUCCUGGAACACUGACUGGGGGGAUAAUGGUUUCUUUAAGAUCCUGCGUGGGGAGGACCAUUGUGGCAUUGAGUCUGAGGUUGUGGCUGGUAUUCCUCGGUAAACGGUAGACACCACCCUUCCCAGUCCACUAGGGGGAGCUGUGGUCAUCUUUUUACUCUGCCUGGACCUCUACAGUGGCCAUGACUAGCGUUGGGGGGGUCCAAGCCACUAAGUUGUGAUUCACUUUUUAAAUGGACGACAGAACAAAUUAUUGCUGCUGUGUUUUAGUUGGUCAUGACUCUUGAUCUUUUCCCUCAGGUCUAGCCCCCCCUCCCCUGAAACUGCUGAACGAAAGCAGACGUCCUCCAUGACAGUUUUAGACCCCCCCCCCCCCUCUGGGUUUUUUCCUGUUUUUUAAAUCGGAGGUCAUUUUGGACCCUUAAUCACUGGUGUGACUUUGGCGGUCGAUUAUCUGAUAUCCUGAUUAAAAAAAAAUGUAUUUGCACAUUAGAGCCAGCCGUACAGAGGUCACUAGCUGGGCUUAAAGAUCUCUUUCUUUCCCUGCUAGCGAGUCUAUAUCCAGGCUCAUGGUUGAAUUUAGUUUUUAUUCAUUAAGUGAAGUUUGGCCAGUGGAAGUGGAUAUUCAACCUUUUUUAUCUUUACAAAUUCUUGUGUGUGAUCACCAAUUGUGUUUCUUUUGGUUGACACUGACUGGGGUAGUUUUUUUUUUACUGACCGAUGUAAUAGCAUUUGAAUGCUGUGUUUUUAACUGCUUUUUUCUGCUCUGUCCUGAUCAGAGUUAAGUUUCAAUGUGAUCGUAUCAAAGCUAUCCAACUUAAUAAAAGCAAACCAACAGAUUUGA